AUGACUGCUGAUAGAAGAACAACUACAGACUAUCGUUUACAACUUUUACAAGAAAUGCGAUGUCAGAAUUAUGAUAUGAUUCGUUUUGCAUCAUAUAGAACAGCGUGUAAACUCAGAUAUGUCCAAAAAAAAGUUUAUUUACAUAUGAUCGAUAUAUGGAAUGUUAUUGAAGCUUUUCGUGAAAAUGGAUUAAAUACACUUGAAUCUCACGUUGAAGUAAAUGUUUCCAAAUUUGAGACACUUAUAACAAGUCUGUAUCUUAAUUUGAAUAAACGAUUACCUACUCAACAACAUGUACAUGAUGAUUUAUUGACUACAAUUCUUCUUAAUUGGAUUAUGUCAGUUUAUUCUGCUAAUGAUACUAUGGGAAGAAUAAGAGUAUUAUCUAUAAAAGUAGCUUUGGUUACAAUGUGUUCGGGGAAACUUAUGGAUAAACUUAGAUAUAUAUUUUCGCAAAUAUGUGACCAAAAUGGACAUAUGGUAGCUUGGAAAUUUCGAGAAUAUUUACAAGAAGUAUUAUUACUUCCUUCAGCUGUAUAUGAAUCUCCUUCUUUUCAUUAUACUGAUCAGAUAUCGGCUGAAAUAUUUUGUGGGAAUGGUAAAGUGACUGUAAAUGAUUUUAUGGAUUCAAUGAUGUCAGAUCCUGGACCUGCUUGUCUUGUGUGGUUACCAUUAUUGCAUCGGUUAGCUAAUGUUGAAAAUGUAACUCAUCCUAUUUCUUGUGAUGCUUGUCGACGUGAUAAUUUUACCGGAUUUCGAUAUCGUUGUCAAAAAUGUCAUAAUUUUCAAAUGUGUCAAGAAUGCUUUUGGAGAGGACGAGUUGCAUCUAGUCAUACAAUUGAGCAUGAUGUUAAAGAGUAUACUAGUUAUAAAUCUCCUAGUAAACAAAUUGGGCAUUCUCUUCGAAAAUCAUUUCGCUGUGUACCAGAAAAAGAAAAAGCCAAUAUACCACGUUUUCCUGAGGAGCCAGAAAAGACUAUUAAUUUAUCACAUAUAAUACCUCCGUCACCUUUGCCGUGCCACAAUGGGUUUUCUGAAUUAUCUAUUAGUAGUCAAUUUAAUACGUUGGAUAGUAAAACAAGUUCAAGAAGUCCUGAUAAGCGCACAAUGAGUUUAGAUUACACGUCAAUGGAUGAUGAACAUAAAUUAAUUGCACGAUAUGCUGCACGACUUGCUGCUGAAGCUAAAGUAGGUAGAGCUCCAUCAGAAGGUUCUUUAAGCUUAGAUACUUCUAGAGCUCAAAGAGAACUUAUUAUUCAACUGGAAUCUAAAAAUAGAGAAAUUAUGAAAGAAAUUUCAAAACUUAGAAAACAACAAGAAAUGGAAGGUUUUUGUUCUGGAUUUUCUGAAGAUAAUCCAGCACUUAUGAGUGAACUCCGUGCAUUGAGAAAUAGAAAACACGAAUUAGAAUCACAUUUGACAUCUUUACAGGAUUCUAGAAGGCAAUUAAUGGACCAAUUGGAGGGAUUAAUGAAACUUCUGAAAAAUCAUCAAGGGUCUCCACGUUCAACUCCAAAUUCAUCGCCACGCUCAACUAAAUCUCCUCCUCCUUCAAAGUCAGCACCUCCUACACCCGGUGGAACAUUGACUUCAGCUUCAUCUUUGUCUCUCAUGUCCACAUCUGACUCAUUAAUGGUUGGUGAUGUAAGAUCAGCAUUUACCGGCAACUCUCUAGCAAGUACACCUGUUAAUUCAUCAAGUUUAAAUUCUGGGGCAAGUGGUUCUGUCACAUGUGGCAAUCGAAGUUUAAGAAAUGAUUUGUUAGUCGCUGCAGAUUCAGUGACAAAUGCCAUGUCAUCAUUAGUCAAGGAGUUAAACUCCGAAAGCCAAGUGAAUGAAAAUAUAUCCAACUCUGCAAUUCUCAAACCAUUAGGCUACAAUUCCAAAGAAGAUGAAAAUAUAAAAAUUAAUAAAGAUUUUAGAAGUGAUAGUUUAUCCAGAAGUCAAUAUAAUAAGGCGAAGACACAAAAUAAUCAAACGGAUAGUUGCACAUCCCCUGCUAAUAUGAGACGUGCUACUAAUUCUGGUUCAAAAAAUAAUUCUCCAGAAGCUGAUUCUAUGACACGAUGGCGAUAA